AUGCACCAGCAGCUUAGAGAUCUCUCCGGGGAGGAUUCCCACUUCUCGCAGGGGCGACACCAGCCUGAGGAGCUGAAUCUGGAAGCCCAUGGCGUUGCAGCUCCCUCGGACCCCCUAGAAGAUGUGUUUGGCGCGGACAGCGGCGUUGAAGCUCAGGACGUCGUGCUACAGGCACCAGAAUCCACGCACCCGACGGACAUGAGUCGUUUGCAGGCAGAACACAGCACAUCGGGCUACAGAGAGGGCGUAGCGGUGGCCAAAGAGGCCAGCAUACAGCCGGGAUUUGACGAAGGCUUCAGCUUGGGGGCCACGAUUGGGCAAAAGGCCGGGCAUCUUGUUGGCAUACUCGAGGGCAUCAGCAACGCCCUGCAGCCCCUCGGCAACGAGAGAUCGGCGGAAGCGGAGCAGCUACUGAAUCAAGCCCGUGAGGAACUCAACACCAAGCAUAUUUUUAGCCCAGAGUACUGGGCACCCGACGGAAACUGGACCUACCAAGUUGACCCUUCAGGCGAGGAAAGGGAGGUGUUGUUUCCCGACGUGGCAGAGGCGCAUCCCCUGCUCCAGAAGUGGACUGGCAUCGUCGACACGCAGGUGCAGCAGUGGCAUAUCCAGCUCGAUAUCCUGCGUGAUGAGACGGGUCCCCGGGUGGAAAUAAUCUCAGAUGAGCAAGCCAAAUCGGGUCUCGCGCAAAAGACGAAUAAGGCACUGGACUGGUGA